UUGUCUUUGGUAUGUUAUAAGUUGCGCAUGUAACUAUUAGACACGUAAAAUUGCAAAAAUGUAAGUUCCUGUCAGUACAGUUGCUCUGGAACCUGAUGGUCCAAAUAUGGUAAGAGACGUUACAUUUCCGUAUGCACUAUUCUACCAAUCACUACGUACUGGCGAACUGGCCAAUCAUAGCACACCUCGCUUUACAGAGCGAUGAGCUUUUUAAAAUAUCAGUGCAUUUCAGAGAGGAGACACAAACAUGCACGGUAUGUGGAAAAUACCUUAAAUCUUGUAUACAGAUUGCAUUACAUCUUAAGCAAACAAUACUAUUAGUUUUAGCCAUGUGUCAAAUGACCCCUUAAAGAAUCGCCUGAAAAUCUCUUUCGUCCGCAUCUGACCAAUCAUUCCUGAUCACUAUCUCUUUCUACUCUUGUUUCAUUGCACUUUUGCUUUUUGUUGUCCUAAUGUUCUCCCAAUUGCUUACAGUGUUUACCCAACUUGUAAGUCGCUUUGGAUAAGAGCAUCUACUAAAUGAUUAAAUGUAAUGUAGUGUGUAUGUGCGCAUACGCAUACCCUGUUUUAAGCUAAUAGCGCUUACACACCAUUGUAUUCAAAAACUUGCACUUUGAGACCCGUUUUCAAAAGUUUGUCUCUUGUAAAUGACUCCUAAGGUCUUUCAUCCGGCACACCCAAGAAAGAACAAAGUUUCAAGAUCAAGACUCUAAAACAUGGUAGAAAGUAAACUAUUCCUUACAAACUUUGAGAAAAGACAUUUCUUGUGUUUGUCUUAAACUGACAGGAAUAUGUGUGUGUUUGAUGUGAUCUUGAGUCUUUCUCUCUAUCAUUACAGAUGGAGGUCUAUCUUCAGGAGGUGUUGUUGGAAUAGUGUUUGGUGUCCUGCUGUGUGUUGUUGUUGUUGUGUUUGUGUUUCGCCACAUUAAUUAUGAACGUCAGAAACAAAUGGUUAAAGAAAAGACAGUGAUUGAGAACGAGAGUUCUGUCACUCUUGAGUCUGAUGUCACUGAACUCCAGUCUGAUGAUGUGAUCGAGUGGAGCUUUAGAGAUAAAGUGAUAGUCAUAUUCAGUAUGAACAACAAGCUCUUUACUGAUGAACAGAGACUCAGAGACAGACUGCAGGUGGAUGAUCAGACUGGAUCUCUCAUCAUCACAAACAUCAGAACAGAAGACGCUGGACUGUAUAAAGUAAAGAUCAGCAGCAGCAGUCGACUGAAAUCAUUCCUUCAGUUCAUCAUCGGUGGAGGACCAUCAUACUAUCAAUUCAGUGUUAUUGUCACAGAGAGUCAAGAAGCAGAAGUUUUGGGAGAAUUGUGUUUCUCUAGAGAAUGAAACGGAGACUGGUGAUGUGAGAGCAGGUGCUUCAUCUACUGUGGAUGAUAUUCAGUUGAAAGUUAAUGUCAGGGAUUCAGCAGGAUCCGCAGAAGAUUAAUUAAUAACAGUUGAGAAGCCUUUACUGAAGAAAGCAGAAGAUGUAGUUUGAUCAACAACACAUCAGUCACAUCAUCAACAUCUACAUUGGGCCUCCAGAGAACUUCCAAACAUCUUCCUUUCUGAUCAAAGAAAUAUAAAGAGGUUUAUAAAGCUGCUCUGAAAUGAAGCGCUUUAUUGAAAAGCACUACAAUUAUGAACAAGACUUUGUUUAUUAGCAAGAUUUUUGAAAGAUGGGGGCUUCAGAUGUUCUUUGGUUGGCUUUCGCAUGUUUAUAGCAAAUAUUCGGGGGAGAUUACAUUUACCAGCAUAAGAAUACAUUAUGCAUCAAGAGCAGCUAGUGCGCAAACUGUGGUUUUAAUGAAGCCUUGAAUGUUUUUGACCACACAACACGUGAUGAUUUCAGCCAAUCACAGCAUGUUCACCAGUUGAGCGCGACAGUGAGCACGAUACGCUCACAGUCCUCGUGACGUGCACCCAAAAUCCUAUCUUUUCACGUCGUCACUUUUUAAGGAGAUUCCCAAUUUAUUGAUUGUUUUGAGUCGAUUAUUUUGAAAGCAUGAAUUGAACACUGGGCAAAACCGCAUGAAUAUGUUCACGAGGAUCAGGCGGCAGAACUCUGUGUAGUUGUAUGGUGUUGCUGGAUGUGAGGCGAUGGACUUUUCAAUUGUGCUGGUGUAUUCUGUCCAGUUUGCCUUGCAGAAGUUCCAGUGCGGUCGAGGCUUCGAAGUUUCGAGUUUAAUCUCAAAGCCAAUGUGGAUGAUGGAUGGGCAGAGUUGGCUCUUCAGAAAUGGUGUCACGACCGGCUCAAAGCCGUGACAAAUGAAUGGAGGAAAUACUCGAGUUGGUAUAGUAAGAAUAUAAGUGUCUAUUAACAAUAAUAGAAUAAUAAAUAAAACAUGAAAACAACAGAAUCAAAGACCAUUACGCCUAACGUCAACGCGUCAGACAGAAACAAAUGUAAAUCAAAACGAAAUAAACGGGAGCCAGCCAACUUCACACCAACAAGGACCAAACGGUUUUAUAGUGGGCAGUCCAGGUGGACAUUGUUGACUUGAUGAGUCUCCUAGCCACACCCACCAGCCGGCAAUAGCGGGAAGAACCAGGAGACCCGUCACAAUGGGCAAAUUACUUUUCUGGGUGUGGUGUUGGUUUUACUGGUGCGAUCUCUGGUGAGGAAUCAGAGAUCAAGAUGUGUUCCGGUUUUCCAGCGGCCGGACAUAGUUCAGAGGCUAUUUAGAGUCGUGGAGGAGGUCCAGGUCUGCGGUCGAUGCCCAGUCAGACAGUUCUUCACCAUCGCGGUUGUUGGUUUUGUAGCUGCGUUCGGUGUGCUGGCUAUUGAAAGUGCCGAAGUAGAUGGUUGGCGAUUGGUGUAGCGGCAAAGGUGGAGUUGGCCAGGUUUUUGACGGUGGUCUGUACACGUUGUUGAUGGUAUACUCAUCUAUUUUUACCAUUGUGUACAGCUCUGAGUCGUUGGUCAUUGUUGAGACGUUGGUGAUGCCAAUUUUUACGUAUGUGGCAGUACCAUGCUUUGCAGCAUUGAUGCUGCUGAUGAUGCGGUAGAUGUGGACAGUCUUCUUUGUGGCUUGGUUGGUGUCUGGGCUGUGGGUCUCUUGAAGUACGGCUACAUCGAUGUUUGGGAGUGAGAAGACAACCCACACAUGGUGCUCCUCUUAAGUUUCCCCUACAGUGCCCAGCUCUUUAGAGAAAUUAUGAAUGUUUCACAUGACCAACAUCAAUAACUACCUCGAUCAUGGUCGGACAAAAGAACAAACUGUGCUUCUCAGCACAUUUCUACGUCAGUUCGUGGUAUGUUUUGACUUAGACCGCUCGAAUGUAUAUGUAAUAAAGGUGGGCGUACAUGUCGGUACAAUUGCUUUGGAACUUAUGUUACAAAUAUGGUAAGAGGCGUCACAUCUCCGUCACACGCUUGCAGUAUUUGACCAAUCACAAUGCACUGGUUAACUGGCCAAUCAUAACACACCUUGCUUUUCAGAGCGAUGAGCUUUGUAAAAAAUUACUGCGUUUGAGAGAGGCGGAGCAAAGAGAAGAAACAAACAUGCACGGUAUGAGGAAAAUACAGCUUUAAACUGUGAAUAUACACUGCAUUACAUCUAAAACAAGCAAUAAUACGUCAUAUGACUCCUUUAAGAUAAAUCAGGAUAAUAAAUGCACUAACUACUGAUACACCUUUGUGCCUGAUCAGUAUAAUGGAUGAACACCUUUUGUGUAAUUUAACAGUAAAAAUAUGCUUGUUUUGUGUUCAGCUUUGACUUGUGUAACUGAACACUAGAUGCAAUUAUCAUAAAACUUCAGGUGAAAUUUGUGGGUCUUUGUGUUAGCUCAUAAAUAUGACUGUGAAUUCAGUGGAAAAUCCCGCAAGACAACAAACAGUUUUCAUAUAUAAUUAUGAGAUAGAAAUUGAUUGUGCGCACAACUGAACAGUAGUUGAAUCUUCCAAAAUCAUAUAUUUCAAUAUUAUGAAUAACAAUUGAGUAUUGUUUUCUUAAAUCCAUCAUUUACAGUGAUAAACACACAUUAUUCAUUGUUAUGGUCUUGACUACUUUAUAAGACUUGUCACAUUUUCUUUUUGUCAUCAUGUUGUCUUAUUAUUUUCCUCUUUUGUACGUCCCUGUCUGCUACAUGAUAAAAUUUAUAUAACAAGAAGUUUUGUGUUUGUUUUCAUUUCACACGUUGUUAUGUUAAAACAUGUUCAGUGUAUUAUUCUGCCUCAAGCCUUAAAGCAGUCUGAUAGUGACAACAUGUGCUAGUAUAUUAAAAUAUAUUGCGGUUCAUCAUCUCAUUAGUUAAAAUAUCUACAUGUUACAUCCUAACGCUGGCCAAAAAUGUCUCCAGAAGGUCAGUUGCAGGGAAUUUGUUGGAAAACUUGUGUUAAUUCUUUAUUUGACACAUAAAAACAUAUUUGAUAAAUAAGAGUGCAAAAGACAAAUGUGCUUCAAUUUUUUCUCUCGUGAAAAUAUGUAAAGACAAACCUGUUCUUUUAAAAAACAGAAUUAAAAACAGAGAAAUAUAAGAACAUAUAAAUAUAGGAAAGCAAAAAUAUUGAGUUGACAUGCCCCUCUUGUCGAGUAUCUUCACAAUCAUAGUAGGUUAUGUCUAAAGUGAACGUACCAAACAGACGAAAAACAGCGCAUGUGUACAGUAUCUGUGUAAUGGAUCUGUUACGUGCCUCUUAAAGAGACGGCAGCACAUUCCUGCUCUCUGUUAAAAGUCAAGGAAAUCACACACUGUCAAAUCUCAAUAGCUUACGAAGGGAACUUUAAUUAUUUUGUCUUUAUUUAAUAUGCAAUGUUAUGUUUUAUUUAAUGACUUUAAUCUAUUUUUAAACUUUAAUAUAUAUAUAUAUAGUAUAUAACUUUAUGUUCUGCUAUGCUCUGUUGUUUUAUUGGUUCUGUUAAUUCUAGCUUAAUUAUUUGUUCGUACGUUUAUUUGUUAAUAGUCCCUGAGCAUAUAAAAAACCGAAGCGAACCGAAACAGUGACCCUAAAACCAUGACCCAAACCGAAUCGUCAGUAGUUGGAACCGCUACACCCCUAAUUUUUGUGUAUAACUUACACUGAAUAUCUCCAUUAAAUGAUUUGUGACUGGAAUCGAAAGCAGGAUGAGGAGCUUCAAUAAGAGCAUCGUUGUAUGACUCGUGUGCGGUAAGAGUUUUAUGACGUUAAUACUUUCACUUUCACAUCGAAACCGGAAACAGUGCUGUUAUGCUGCUUUCACGUGCUCUUUGAAGUUUAAAUUCUGUGCUGUCAUAAAACUUCGAGGCAAUAGUGUAACGAGUUGUGUAAGGUGUGGCCCCCUAACAGCUGAUCUACAUUAUAUCUGUUUCCUUUUAUUUAUUUAUUUUACUUUUAUUUUUUCUUACGUUGACGUCCAGCUUCCGUCAUCUCUCGAAUAAUGAAGAGAAGAGAGAAGACUUGUAGUUCAUUCAGCAGGAAGUAAAGUUUUUGUGAAUCUGCCUCAGAGGUGAAUAAACUUGACGGAUAAUCUUCAUUUCAUCAAUUGGUACUCAAAGGAAUCAACAGAAAAAUGAAGAUCAUGAUUGUGUCUUUAUUACUCGUGUGCGGUGUGUUUAGUGUUGAUGCAGAUGAAGUGAAGUCAGUGUCAGUGAUGGAGGGAGAUUCUGUCACACUACACACUAAUGUCACUGACAUACAGACAUCUGAUGUGAUACUGUGGAGGUUUGGAGAAGGUGAAUCCAGGGAUCUUUUAGUUUAUAUUGAUCACAACUGUAUCAGUUAUAAUGGUCCAUUCAAAGACAGACUGCACGCAGACAGUCAGACUGGAGAUCUCACCAUCACAAACAUGAGAAUCAAACACUCUGGACCCUAUGAAGUACAGAUCAGCAGAGCUGGAACAAUAUACAAGAGAUUCAGAGUUAAUGUCACAGUUGCUCCAAGUGUUGUCAGUGCUGGUGAUGUGAAGUCAGUGACUGAGGGAGAUUCUGUGACUCUACACACUGAUGUCCAAACACAGAGAGAUGAUCUGAUACUGUGGAGGUUUGGAGAUGAUGGUGUUCUCAUAGCUAAACAUGAUAAAGAAGAAAGUACGAGCUCAAUAUAUGAUGAUGUUCUUGAUGGGAGAUUCAGAGACAGAAUGGAGGUGGAUCCUCACACUGGAUCUCUCAUCAUCACAAACACUAAAACCACAGACACUGGACUUUAUAGACUAAAGAUCAGCAGCAAUAGAGACACAAAAUACAAGACAUUCAGUGUUUCUGUCAGUGAUAGAGGUCUAUCUUCAGGAGGUGUAGUUGGAAUAGUGUUUGUUGUCCUGCUGUGUAUUGUUGUUGGUGGGAUUGUUUUUCGCCGCAUUAAUUAUGAACUUCAGAAACAAAAGGUUAAAGAAAAGACAGUGAUUGAGAACAAGAGUUCUGUCACUCUUGAGUCUGAUGUCACUGAACUCCAGUCUGAUGAUGUGAUCGAGUGGAGCUUUAGAGAUAAAGUGAUAGUCAUAUUCAGUAUGAACAACAAGCUCUUUACUGAUGAACAGAGACUCAGAGACAGACUGCAGGUGGAUGAUCAGACUGGAUCUCUCAUCAUCACAAACAUCAGAACAGAAGACGCUGGACUGUAUAAAGUAAAGAUCAGCAGCAGCAGUCGACUGAAAUCAUUCCUUCAGUUCAUCACAGGUGGAGGACCAUCAUACUAUCAAUUCAGUGUUAUUGUCACAGAUGAAGAGAGGACAGAAGCAGAAGUGUUGGCAGAUUCUGUUUCUCCAGAGAUUGAUGUUACUGAAAGGGAGACUGGUGAUGUGAGAGCAGAUGCUUCAUCUACUGUUUAUGUCAGGUAUGUUGUGACAGAUUCAGCAGGAUCAGCAGAAGAUGACUCCCCAACAGUUGUGAAUCCUUUACUGAAUGAAGCAGAAGAUAGAUGCUCAACAUCACUUCUGUUCCAUCAUCUAAAGCAGCGUGUCUCGAUGGAAGCAACAUGUUUUAAUUCAGAUAUUCUUUGUGGAUUAUCCAGUCAGGAUUAAAUGUUUACCUGCAGAACAUUUCGUUAUGGAGCUAGAGGAUGUGGUUUUAAUGAAGCCUUGAAUGUUUUUGACCACACACGCACACACCAUGUGAUAAUUUCAGCCAAUCACAGCAUGUUCAGCAGUUGAGCGUGACAGUGAGCACCGCAAGAUAUGCUCACAGUCCCCGUGACGUGCAUACAAAAUUCUGCUGCUUCACGCCGGAGAAAACUCUUUGCACCACUCACAACCAAAUAUUGAGAAACAUAUCAAUAAGUUGUUAUUCUCCUCGAGAUGCGAGCACCACCGUCUGUAUGAAACGUUUGGAAAAGUGUGUACUUUUACUCUUACUUGAGUGUUUCUCUUAAAGAAAUCUGUACUUUUACUUCAUUACACUACGUGACGUUCCUUCAUCCCUGAGUGAAUAAUUCUUUUGAGUCGAUUCUUUUCAAAGCAUUUAUUGAACACUGGAGGAAACCAGCGGAACAGUUUCAUGAAUCAUUUCAAAUCAUUUGUCCAUAUAUUCCACUCAAGAGUUUUUCAUUUAACACUCACUCCUCACAGCCUGUGUCUGCACGCUCUCUGGAGAAGACAAAUCUGGAUAAGCUACUGCUUAAUCUAUAUAUAUAAUAUUUUAGUUUUUAAUGCGUAGUCUGUCAUAAUGUAUUGUUUUAUUACUUUUUGACUACUGUUACAGUAUUUUUGUAAGUCUGACUGAAACCUUUCUCUUUUAACACAAAAUAAGCUGUUAUUACACUUUCAAUGUCUUUCCAAAAAAAACGGAGUUUUGAAAAGUGUUUAUGUUCUGCAGACAACUAGUAUAGAGUUUAUUUCUAUUUCCAGCACUGUGUCAUAAGAGGUUCUUGUAAAUAUUAACUGUAAUAUGCAACUACUAAAACAAGAUGGAAACGACCAAACUAUGGGACGUGUGACAGAACAAACGGCUCAUAAUAUUCUUUUUAAUACUUUUUUGUACAAAAAUAAAAAAUUUGAUGAAGUAA